ACUUCAACAGCGAAAGAACGAGCAAAUCCACUUAGAAGAGUGGAGAGACGUUCAACACAACGUAACAUAAAUCUUAUGAAUAAAACUUCAUUAAGUAGUGAUAUGGUGUCUUCAUUUGACCAUAAAAUUUCAGAUAAGGAUAUUGAUAGUGUACGUCCUCCACAGACAACAUUUGAUUUUUCAUUUAAAUCAAUUCCAGAAAAGUCUGCUGCAUUAGCUGCUGCAAGUGUUAAUGCUUCUAGUGCAAAGCGGCUGGCUGCUGUUUCGCCGAUUCAAACAAUGAAUACUAAGAAUGAUCCAUUCACAUCAUCAUUGUUUCUUCAACAAUCGCCAACAGUCACAACUAUUUCUGUGUCCGGUGGUUCAAAGAAGAAAGCAUCAACAAAACGUGCGGCACCAUCAUCCGUUGCAUUCAAAAAUGACGAAGACGACGCAUCAUCAACUUCUGGUUCAGUAGACAUUCAAUCUGUUAAUAAUAAUGCUCCAAGGCGUAGAAUUAAAUUUCCUGAAAAAAAUGGUGAUUGGAUUUGUAUGUUUUGUGAAUAUCGGCUGUAUUAUGGUGAUGAGAGGCGUGCACGAAGGCGCCCAAAAGUAAACACUGUAAGUGCUAAUGGUGGCUAUGGGGGCAAUAAUAAUGCAGGUGAAGGAGGAA